GCCUCAUCAUCCCAUAAUCCCCGGACCGCAAACAUACCAAUAAAUAAAAAUGCCCCAAGACCAUCCCUAUCGCAGACUCCAAAUACCUAGAGAUGCGCCCUUCGAACUACGACCCUCCUCGCCUGGGAAAGGGUGGGGUGCCUUCGCUACGAGGUUGAUCAAGGAAAGAGACGCGAUCUUGAUAGAGAAACCACUCUUCAUUAUUCCAAAACCGUCCGAUGAUAUUACAGACGAAGAUGUUUUCGCAGCAUUUCAACGGUUGACACCGACUGCAAAACAACAAUUUUUGCUCCUUCGUGACAAUGCCGGUGGGCCCUUCGAGAGAAUCAACGAAGUUCUCGCAGAAAACUCCUUCGCUCUAGAAGCCAACUCAGAGCACGGCUUAUAUCUGCUCCAUUCGCGUUUCAAUCAUUCCUGCCUGCCUAACGCCAAGGUCCCGGAGUGCAGUGGCGAGAUCAUCACGAUGUUUGCGAUAAGGGACAUCGUGGCCGGCGAGGAAAUCACUUUCUGUUAUAAUGGCGAUUUCGAGUGCAGGACCAGACGUGAGCGCCAUCAAGCGCUGCGUUUUGUCUGCGACUGUAAAGCCUGUCAACUCGGCACCCCCUUUCAACAGCUUAGCGACGUACGGCGAACAUUCAUCCGUGCGUCGGAUUAUCUUAUACGCGGUGUUGACAUAGAUGGGAAGAGACAAAAUUCCUCAUCUCCAAUAAUCGCUGAUCGUAAACUAAAAGAAGCAGCAGAGAGCCUAAGUAUUCCGAUCUGUAAUAGAAUGAUAUAUCAUCUCUUGGCCGCAUUCUUGUUGGAAGAGGAGGGAUUGCUGGACUAUCUCGCGAGGGAAAGGCUCGAACCCUUCAUGGUGGCAAUAUCGCCCUUAUUUGAAACAGAGAGCAAUGUCAGGAUUGUCAAGAAUGUUAUGGCGGAACCGACUUGGCUAGGGAAGGUCCACAUGGCUUUCAGACUCUAUGGGCGAGCCGAUGCUGCUGAUGAAACCCUUCCCAAGAUGCUUCGGGCACUACGCAACAUCUGA